AUGUGGAGCCGCUCUCGCCCGGCGGGGACUCAGCGGCAGGGCGGAGCGCGGCAGUGUGCGCGGGGGCAGAGAGAAGGGGGCCCCUGGGCCCGGGCUCUCGCCGGACGCCGGGAGGUACCACCACUGCCCGCGGGGGAGGCGGCGGCGCCAGCACUCGGUUGCCCACCCCGGAGCGAGGGGCUGGGGGAGAGUGAGGGCCGGCAGUCCAGCUUGCCUCCCACUGCCCUCCCCGGCCGGGGAGCCCGGAGGAAGCGGCAGAGUCCCCGCCCACGGCCCCCUCCUCUCUGCUCGUUCGCCGCCGCCGCCGCCGCCGCCUCCGAGCCGUCGCGGGCGGGCGGCCAGUCCGAGCGUGGGGCGCGGCGGCGACGGCUGGGCAGCGGUCUUGCGCUCCCCAGGGACCACCCCGCCGCCUCCGUGAGUUACUCCCACGUCCCCCGGGGCUCGCUGCCGCCUCCGCCGGCGCCAAGAGUCCGGCCCGGGCCCAACUCCCUCGUGGGCCCCCCGGCGGCGGCGGCGGCAGCGGCGGAGCCCACCGCCCGGGCCCCGAUGAGUAACUCCCGCAAUAAUCGGGUGAUGGUGGAAGGGGUCGGGGCCCGUGUCGUGCGCGGCCCGGAUUGGAAGUGGGGGAAGCAGGACGGCGGCGAGGGCCAUGUGGGCACCGUGCGGAGCUUCGAGAGCCCGGAGGAGGUGGUGGUGGUGUGGGACAACGGCACCGCCGCCAACUACCGCUGCUCCGGGGCCUAUGACCUGCGCAUCCUGGACAGUGCGCCCACGGGUAUCAAACAUGAUGGAACUAUGUGUGAUACUUGCCGCCAACAACCUAUCAUUGGCAUUCGAUGGAAGUGUGCAGAGUGUACAAAUUAUGACUUGUGCACGGUCUGUUAUCAUGGAGAUAAGCAUCAUUUAAGGCAUCGUUUUUACAGAAUUACUACACCAGGAAGUGAGAGGGUUCUGUUAGAGUCUCGUAGAAAAUCUAAGAAGAUUACAGCCAGAGGAAUCUUUGCAGGUGCCAGAGUGGUACGAGGAGUGGACUGGCAGUGGGAAGAUCAGGAUGGAGGAAAUGGGCGGAGAGGAAAGGUAACAGAAAUCCAGGACUGGAGUGCAUCAAGUCCACAUAGCGCAGCUUAUGUUCUCUGGGAUAAUGGUGCUAAGAACCUUUAUAGAGUUGGCUUUGAAGGCAUGGUAAGUAGUGAAGACCUGCAACAUGUGAAAGUGUCAGAUGUGUGAAAGAAGGAGAGGAAUAGCCCUUAUUUUGCUCUUUUAUCUUUUUUCUUUUCUCAUCCCCUUCUGUUAGAGAA